CCGCGACCCCGAGAGCUGGAGGGGAGACGCAGAGAUCAGUCACAUGCUCUAGUCCGCCUAAGCACUGCCCCACCCAACGAGAAAGUUCCGCCUCUUUCCCCACCCUCUCUCCUUCCCUUACUCAAGGUCUGGGUGAGACGCUUCAGGUGACGUCCAAAUCCCUCUGCGAGAAAGAGAGAGGCGGUGCUCGAGCUCGUGUUGGCAUCCUCCGAAUGUUGUGAGGGAUGGCGUCAUCAGUUCGCGCCGCUGGUCGCUGGACGGGUCUAUCAGGAGGGACCAUGUCGCCGCCGCUCUUCAGCUUGCCUGAGGCACGGCUCCGUUUCACGAGUUCUACUCGAGAUGCUCUCAACAAUAAAACCAUCAAGCCUUUAUUGAGUGCCUUCAGCCAAAUACCUGGAAGUGAAAAUGAAAAAAAGUUUACCCUGGAUCAAGCUUUCAGAGUUGUCCUAGAAGAAGAAAUUAUAAACACAUCUUCCUGUGAAAAUGUCCUGGCUAUUAUUUCUCUUGCUAUUAAUGGAGUUACAGAAGGUAUCUGUACUGCAUCAACCCCUUUUGUACUCCUGGGAGAUGUUUUGGAUUGCCUUCCUUUGGAUCAGUGUGACAGAAUUUUCACCUUUGUGGAAAAAAAUGUUACCACGUGGAAAUCGAAUACAUUUUACUCGGCAGGUAAAAAUUAUUUGCUGAGAAUGUGCAAUGACCUUUUAAGAAGAUUAUCCAAAUCACAAAAUACAGUAUUCUGUGGAAGAAUUCAGCUAUUCCUGGCUAGAUUAUUCCCCCUUUCAGAAAAGUCAGGACUAAACUUGCAAAGUCAAUUUAAUCUGGAAAAUAUCACUGUGUUUAAUACCAAUGAGCAAGAAAGCACUCUAGGACAAAAGCAUGUAGAGGAGAGAGAAGAAGGGAUGGAAGUAGAAGAAGGUGAAAUGGGAGAUGACGAGGCUCCUACCAGCUGUUCCAUUCCAAUAGAUUACAAUCUGUACAGAAAAUUUUGGUCACUUCAAGACUACUUUAGGAAUCCUGUGCAGUGUUAUGAAAAGGUCUCAUGGAAAACAUUCCUUAAGUACUCUGAAGAAGUAUUGGCUGUCUUCAAGAGCUACAAGCUGGAUGACACUCAGGCUUCAAGGAAGAAAUUAGAGGAGCUGAAAACAGGAGGAGAACACGUUUAUUUUGCUAAAUUUCUCACAAGUGAGAAGUUAAUGGAUUUACAGCUGAGUGACAGCAACUUCCGCCGCCAUAUCCUCUUGCAAUAUUUAAUAUUAUUUCAGUAUCUAAAGGGACAGGUGAAAUUUAAAAGUUCAAACUACGUUCUGACCGAUGAGCAGUCCCUGUGGAUUGAAGAUACUACCAAGUUAGUUUACGAGCUUCUUUCAGAAAAUCCCCCAGAUGGAGAGAGAUUCUCAAAAAUGGUAGAGCACAUACUAAACACAGAAGAAAACUGGAAUUCAUGGAAAAAUGAAGGCUGCCCAAGUUUUGUGAAGGAAAGACCAAGUGAUUCCAAGCCAAUAAGGCCUUUUGUGAGAAAAAGACCAGCUCCUGAAGACUUUCUGGGGAAAGGACCUAAUAAAAAAAUUCUAAUGGGGAAUGAAGAAUUGACUCGGCUCUGGAAUUUAUGCCCUGAUAACAUGGAAGCUUGUAAGUCUGAGAGCCGGGAAUAUAUGCCAACGUUGGAAGAGUUCUUUGAAGAAGCUAUUGAACAGGCGGAUCCUGAAAACAUGGUUGAAAAUGAAUAUAAGGCUGUGAAUAACUCUAAUUAUGGCUGGAGAGCAUUAAGGCUGUUGGCACGCAGAAGUCCUCACUUCUUUCAGCCAACCAAUCAGCAAUUUAAGAGCUUACCGGAAUACCUUGAAAACAUGGUUAUCAAAUUGGCUAAAGAGCUACCUCCUCCUUCUGAAGAAAUUAAAACAGGCGAGGAUGAAGAUGAGGAAGAUAAUGAUGCUUUAUUAAAGGAAAACAACGAAAGUCCCGAUGUUCAACGGGACAAACUUGUAACAGGAGAACAAAUAGAGUCAUUUGCUAACAAGCUUGGGGGAUACUGGAAAGUUCUGGCUCCAUACUUGGAAAUGAAAGACUCUGAUAUAAAGCAAAUUGAAUCAGAUAGUGAAGAUGUGAAGAUGAGAGCUAAGCAGUUGCUUGUUGCUUGGCAAGAUCAAGAGGGGAUUCAUGCUACACUGGAAAAUCUGAUUACUGCAUUGAACAAAGCUGGAUUAAAUGACCUCGCUGAAAGCUUAAAUGACAGUGAAAACAAUAGCUAAAUUAAGAGUUUCAUUUAAAACAAGUGAUUAUUGUUGCUAGGUAACAGAACAAUAUUUGAUAUGGCAGCUUAUAUUUGGUAAACAAAAUGUCUGGAAGUUUCAGAAAGAAAAAUUAGUACUGAUCAAAAAUGGCCUCUUAGUCUUUUUUUUUAAAACCUUUCUACAAUUUGAGAUUGUGUAGUAUACAGACCUUUACUACAUAAUGUGAGAUAGUAAGAGCUUGAAAUUUUUGAAGAAUUGAGCAACAAACAACUUUAAUCCUUCUAAGUGUAGGUAUGAAUGUUGAAAAGUACCCCUUUCUUAAAAAUGAUGCUGGGUCAAGUAAGGAAGCUUGGUGAUAGUGGUGGAGUAGAGAUGUUAUUGCUUCUGAUAGUGACAGGAACUGAAUCGGAAGCUCUAUUGCAGAAGGCAUACAUAUUGCCCUUCUGCCACACUUCUGACAUGACAAUACAAGGGAGUCCUUGUUCCUUUCCUUGCUUGCUGUGAUAGACCUAGGACUCACUGUUCCUAACUUACUGCCAAGUCAUAGGGAGUUAGUGUAGUUGGUACAAGCUGUGAGACAAAAGACCAUUGGUCUUAAGGUGAUUCCUUUUGAUAAAGGGGGCAUCUAAUGGGCACAUGAUUAACAGACACUUCAGACUUCCAAAUGGGGGAGCUGCUGUCUUUUGGAACUACAACUGAGGAUAUAUCCAAACUGAACAUCAAGAUGUGAAUGAAUUGUAUGGAAAAGCUCCUAAGGUGCUAGUUAAGCAGAAACAAGUAGAAUCUGAAGCAAGAGCAACCCCAUCUAGGCUGGAUUGCACUAUCCCUCUAGCUGAGCAGAAAUAACUUUAAUCGCAAAUGUCAGCAGGGUUCUCAAAAAUAGCUCAUUCUUGCACUUUGCUGCAAAAGCAUGCAACACUGGUGUAGAGAGACAUGCUUGAGUUAAAAUCUCAUAGUGGAACAUCUUUUCCAGGCAUUCAAAAUUCUACACAGCAAGAUCCAUAUACUGAUUGGGAAAGUAGAGAGAGCAGGCCUACAUCUGUGUAAGUUUUACAUACAGAGCUCAACACAGAUGUGAGUAGUAGCCCUGAUAGUUUCCCCACAAUGAGUCUACAUAUAAUCUGAACAGUUCCUGCAGCUCAAUAUUGUAUACCUUUAUCAGCCUUCUACUUUGGUUUUUAACCCAAUUAAUGGCUAUCCGAAGAAGCUUUGACAAUCUAUCGCAGCACCCAGUUUUGAGACUAUUUGUUAAACAAUCCUUAAUACAAAGUUGCAAUUGUACUAUCUUUGUUUUAAUGAAAUGGUCACAUUUAGUGAUGA